AUGGAAGGCUACCCGCUCGAAAUCGCAUUGACGACUGCCAACUCUGCUGCUCAAGCUUGGUAUGGCUACGAUCAGGCAACUGGAAUCCUGAUCAGCGACCAUUUCCUAGACCACUUUCCUCAAGUCAAAAAACCGGUGCUGGAGGGAACUUUCGUCAGCAUCUUCUCUCUCGGAAAUCUCCUGGGAUGCCUUGCAUCGGCGCUGUUCGGCGACAAGCUUGGUCGGAAGAACACUCUUCGGGUGGGUGCCGGCAUCAGCGCAGUCGGUGCUAUCCUCCAAUUCUCGGCGACGUCGUUUGUGCAGUUGAUGAUCGGAAGAGUCAUCAAUGGCAUUGGCAAUGGCAUGACAUCGUCGACAUGUGGCGUCUUCCAGGCCGAAGCGUCAAAGGGUUCUCGCAGAGGAAAGUUGUCCGUCAUCGUCGUCACUCACAAUGUCAUCUUCUACAUGUUGGGCAGCUGGUUGACAUUGGCCACCUCAUAUCUCGAUAAUGACGGGCAGUGGCGCAUACCUUUCGCUCUGCAGCUCUUGCCAGCCGGGUUCCUGGUCGGAUUUUUGUUCCUCGUUCCAGAAUCUCCGAGGUGGCUUCUACUGCGUGAUCGCCACGAGGAGGCCAUCGAAUCGCUCCGAAGAUAUCUCGGCAAAGGACUGACCGCCGAUGAUACAAUUGUUCAGGACGAGUACAAAUCGAUCCGAGGUGCUCUUGAGAUUGAACGACAGGCCAGUAUCUCCUUUAAGGAUGUCCUUCUUCGCAGAGAUCGCUCGAGCAAUCUUCGACGAAUGCUUCUCGGCAUGGGCACUCAAUUCAUGCAGCAAAUGGGCGGCAUCAAUGCUCUGAACUAUUACUUCUCGAUCAUCCUCGAGAACAACCUCGGCAUGAGCGAGCUGAUGGCCCGCGUCCUGACCGGCGUCAAUGCGACCACAUACUGCAUCUCCACAGCGUUGGCAUUCUGGAUUAUCGAAAGAGCUGGCCGAAGAUUCUUGAUGCUGCUGGGUCUUGGGUUGCAGGGCUUUGCGUACAUCAUGGUCUCCAUUGCAGUUGCGAAACUGCCGUCCGCCGAUCAGCAGUGGGGCGCUGUUGCCAUAACGUUCCUUUUCUUCUACUACGCUGCCUUUGGUUGCACCUGGGGCAUGGUUCCGUGGAUUUACCAGGCAGAAAUCAACUCGCUGUCGAUGAGAGUCCGAGGCGCAUCGGCAGCGACAUCGAUGAAUUGGCUUUUCGGAUUCGUCUGCACUCAGUUCACCUCAGUCGGCAUUCGCACCCUGGGAUACAAGUUCUACAUCAUGUUUGCGGUCUUCAACAUCGCCUUCUUGCCCGUGGUAUAUUUUCUGUAUCCGGAGACAUCCAAUAGAACAUUGGAGGAUUUGGAUGAUUACUUCGAUCGAGACUCGCCUCACAAGGCAAUCAUUCGUUUCGGAGACAAAGUGGCCAAGCAGCACAAACGGCCAGCAGAGGCGAUCGAAGCUGAAAGGCGGCGUAUUGAUCUUGCCACGGAGGUGCAAAAGAAGGGCAAGAAUGGGUCCGAUUCGACGUGGAUCGAGGAUGUUGUGGUUGAAAUGCCGGCGAAGUGA